AUGGGCAAGACAAUUAGUAGUUUUAUCCAUCUAGCAGGAGGAAAUUCAAUUUCCAAUCCUCGCCUACAAACAAUUGACUCAACAAUAAGGGGUAACCUAAAAAGAUCACUGAAGAUCGAUGCAAAGGUAAAACCAUCCAUAAUGUAUGCACAAUUCGAAAGAAAAGGACUAGAAAUUCCAAACCUCGAAUACAUAGCCAACUCAAUCCUUUGCAAUAACUUAAUCAACAAAUUCCACUCAAGUAACCCACUUGUCAGAGAAGCAGUACAGUACGGAAUUAAUAACUGUAACACGAACAAAACAAAACUACACAACAUAUUUGAGAAAUUCCACUACAUCCUAAAACAACACAAACUUACCACAACAAAAUGUAACACCAAUCAUCAACUUCUGGAAAAGGAAAAAGAUGAACAAUACUCCUACUCAGAAUUCACAAUAUGGACUGAUGGAUCCAAAUCAGAAAACAAAGUAGGAUUCAGUGUAAUCAUUCAGAACAACGAAUUUACAAAAGGAUACAAAUACAAGCUCCACUCAUACCACUCAAACAACAUGGCUGAAUUAUCAGCAAUUACAACAGCACUACACAUCAUACCACCAAACAGCAAUGCAAAGGUACUCACUGACAGUGAAAUAGCAGUCAAAAUAAUUAACAACACAAAUUACAAAGGUCAAUUUAAGCAAAUCAAAGAUGAAAUUACCAACCUCAUCAGCACUAAAAAACUUCAAGCAUCCAUCGAAUGGACAAAAGCUCAUACAGGAAUAACAGAUGGAAAUAACUACGCUGAUAAGAAAGCCAAACAAGCCUCAAGAAUAGGACAUCGAAUUACACCCCAACAUCUACUAACUCAAGGGCAAUUAAUUAUCACCAAUUCGAAAAAAGUUUGGAAAAGUAGAAUCAAAGGAGUACUUAGUGAAAAGCUCUACGAUCAAGGAACAUCCGAACUCAUCAACAGAACAAAUCUCAAGUACCUCAAAGAACAUACCACCCCAACUCACAAAUACUCAAUCUGGAGGCUCAUGAUAAAUGGACACUUAAGAAGCCUCAUAGUAGACAACCCACAAUGCCCAACAUGUAACAAAAACCUUGACACAGAACACCUCUUCAUAGAAUGCCCAGAAAUGAAUUCAGCUAGAAACUGGAUGAUUGAAGAAAUCAAAAAAAAUACCAAUCUCGAACCAGUACUAAGCACAGAGAGGACAGAAACAUUAACACCAAACUCAUUCCAACUGAAUAUCUUUGGUAUUCUGACAGAACCUAUUCAAGGUAUUAUCAAAGAACAAUGGCCCAAGAUACAAGGAGGCCUCUCACUUUUUGGAGGAAGAGUACAAAAACAAUACAACAAAAUCUUAAAAAUUCAAUAA